UCUGACAUAACGGUUCUUGGCGCUCCCGUAGAUUGUGUUGUUCCGUUUUAAAACGUUGCAUUCCGGCGACUCUCGCACAAUAAUGUCGCUUUUGGGCUUGAUUUCCGCGAAGUUUACGUUCAUUUUCUACCUGAUCGGAACCACCCUGCUGUGCGCGUUUUUGAACGGUUCGUAUCGCUUCUACGAGUACUAUUACGACAAUCCUCCUGUGAAGACCAGCUAUGAGUACAUUAUCGUCGGAACCGGAACGGCCGGUUCGAUCAUUGCGGCGGGUAUUCCAUCGCGGGACGUGCUCGUCGUGGAAGCCGGCUCUAUGCGGACCAGCCUGAUGGACGUGCCGCUGUUUCAACCGCUGCUCCAGGGAACCCAGUACGACUGGCAGUACCAGACGGAACCGCAGCGGAACGCUUGCCGCGCCCUGGAGGGUCAACGGAGCAAUUGGCCUAUGGGUAAGGUGUUCGGGGGGACGCACAUGUUGAACAACAUGAUUCACUUCGACAUGAUGGGAAACACGGACUUUAGUGGGUGGUUCGAGACGCCGGAACUAACGAGGAAAUUCUUGGAUUACUUCCAUCGCUGGGGAAGGGACCCGACCAUUCCGGUGGAACGGCUGCAGUACGGGACGGAGUUUGGGGAGGACUUUGUGGACAGUAUGCAAGCGCAGACCAAGUGCAUUGAGAGGGAAAAGUUUUGCGAGAAGAUGGAAGAACUUUACAGCAGGUUGUUCGCCAAGCCGAAUGUAACGGCCCGGAACGGGAUGCGAAGAACGGCGAGUCAUUACUACUGGGAGCAGCGACGGCCAGGGCAUGAACUGUUGCUGAACGCGCACGUGCUUAAGAUUAAUGUCGAAAAUGGCAAAGCGAUUGGGCUGGUGUUGGAGAAAUCCAACCGUACUUAUGAGAUAAGAGCUUCCAAAGGGAUAAUUUUGUCCGCGGGAACUGUGGGAAGUCCGAAAAUUCUUCUGCACAGUGGAAUUGGUCCGCAGAAACACCUAAAAGCGGUUAGGAUUCCUCUGGUUCAGAAUCUACCCGUAGGUGAGAACCUUCAGGAUCACAUCACUACCGGAAUGGAUUUACUUUUGUGGCCGGAGAAACUUCCUCUGCGUCCGCUUGACCUGAUUAGUCCACUCAACUUGUGGAACUUUUUCAAUGGAAAGAACUCGUCUCUCUUACUGCCGGGGUGUGAAGGACUAGGCGGCAUGCUGCUACCGGACGUCCCAAGAGGACUCAUCCUAGGACUCGGAUUCAUGGUCAUGCCGGCGGGAAUCGCCAGCGACGGUGGCGCGCAUCUGCACAAACUGAUCAAUUUACGCGAAAAGGUUUACACCCAAUACUUCCAACGAAUUCUCGAACAAAACCUCCAAUCGGUCAGCAUUCUCCCCGUCUUGCUGCAGCCCAAAAGCCGAGGCCACAUCCGACUACGCGAUGCCAACCCACACUCCCCACCCCUCAUCGAUCCAAAUUACCUCCAACACCCGGAAGACCUCGAUAACCUUGUGCUAGGAAUCAACAUCGUCAAAGAGUACCUCGAAGAGAUGAACUCGAAAAAAGCCGAACUAAACCCGCUGCCCUUCCCCGGCUGCCGGAAGUUCACCUUCGACACCAAACCCUACUGGGAGUGUUACGUGCAGUCACUCACACUCACCAUGUACCACCCGGUGGGAACGUGCCGGAUGGGACCGAAGCGCAGCAAGAAGGCGGUCGUCUCGAACCGGGAUCUGGCCGUGCACGGCGUGAGCGGGCUGUACGUGGUGGAUGGAUCGGCGAUUCCGAAGCUGCCCACCGGGAACCCGAACUCGGCCAUUGCGGCGCUGGCGCACUACUUUCUGAAGGUCAAAUUUAACGUGGACUUGUUGGGGAAGUGAGAGCCUUAGGAGCUUUACGGUAAGAGUUGUUACUUUUUUACUUGAGACUGUUGAAAUUGAGCCCUCCAAUUUGUUACGCCGGUAUGUAACGGUGUGUUACGGUAAUAGCUAUAUUUACAAGUACUUCAAUUUAUAACUAAUAAGUCAUUUUUUGGGAAGGUUUCAUAUCAUAUUAAGAAGCAAAUAUCUUGUCUGAUAUGUUAUAUUUUAUACAUCACUUUAAACCAAUGUUGAUCGCAUGAUGUUGCCAUAAAUGUAAAAAAAAGACUUAAAAAUUAUGUAACCUUUGGCCAAAGAGUUGUUCAAAAUUAAAACAAAAACUGAAGUGAUUCGUUAGAAACAAAAAUAAAAUGUAAACAUUCCAAAUAUUUUAGAUUUUGUGUUGCUUUUUUUAAAUUAAGGUGCUAAAAUGUGAUACUCGUAACAUUGUUUCAUUCUAUUUCAAAAAUUUAUUGUUACAUUAGAUAAAUUGUCAAAAAUACACUUUUUUCUCCUCUUUGA